AUGGCCUACCUCAACGAAGCGGACUUGAACACUCCGCAUUGGCAGGCGGCGUUCUACGGGGCGCCGUACGCUCGCCUCUGCGCCGUCAAGGAGAACUACGAUCCCGACGGGAUCUUCUACGACUGCACGGCGGUGGGGAGCGAGGCGUGGGUCGAGCAGAUGGAUAGGCGGUUGUCUCUUCCCGGGAGUAUUCUUCUAUAA